AUGCCGGCAAAAAGAAUUGCAGUGAUUGGAGCUGGAGUCAGUGGAAUAGCUGCCAUUAAGAUCUGUCUGGAGGAAGGCCUGGAACCCACUUGCUUUGAAGGAAGUCAUGAUAUUGGAGGACUCUGGAGAUAUGAAGAAAACUGUGAACCUGGAAAGGCCUACAGUGUCUACAAGUCAGCAACCUGCAACACUUCUAAGGAGAUGACAGCUUUUAGUGAUUAUCCUUUUCCUGAUUAUUACCCCAAUUACUUGCAUAAUUCUAAACUUAUGAAGUAUCUCCGGAUGUAUGUCAAACACUUUGAUCUUCUGAAGUAUAUCCACUUCUUGUCAAAGGUGUGUAGUGUGAAGAAGUCCUCGGAUUUCUCUUCCACUGGACAGUGGGAUGUUGUGGUAGAGGCUGAUGGAAAGCAGGAAUUCUAUGUCUUUGAUGCAGUCAUGGUUUGCAGUGGCUAUUAUACUGAUCCCUGUUUUCCAUUAGAGAACUUUCCAGGUAUCACAAGGUUCAAAGGCCUUUACUUUCAUAGUUGGGAAUAUAGAAGUCCAGAGAAAUUUUUAGGAAAGAAAAUCCUUGUGGUUGGCAUUGGAAAUUCUGGAGCAGAUGUGGCAAGUGAGCUCAGUCAUGUGGCUAAACAGGUUUUCCUUAGUACAAGGAGAGGUGCCUGGGUAUGGAACCGUGUUUGGGAUAAUGGAAAUCCCAUGGACACUGUACUCUUCACUCGUUUUAAUAGUGUCAUGAAUCGAAUACUAACAACUUCCAUGAUCAACAAGUGGGCAGAGAAUAAAUUGAACUCAAGGUUUAACCAUGAAGUUUAUGGUCUACAGCCUGAGCACAGGUUUCUGAGUCACCAGGCUACCCUAAGUGAUGAUCUUCCCCACCACAUCAUUUCUGGAAGGCUACGAGUAAAACCAAAUGUAAAGGAAUUCACUGAAACUGCUGCCAUCUUUGAGGAUGGUACUCAAGAGCAGGUUGAUGUUGUUAUCUUUGCCACUGGAUACACUUUCAAUUUCCCUUUCUUAGAAGGCAACUCAGAAGUUCUUGAUAGCCAGUGUACCAUGUUUAAAUUUGUAUUUCCUCCUCAACUUGAGAAGCCAACACUAGCUUUCAUUGGCAUCCUCCAACCAAUGGGAGCUACCAUACCUGUAUCAGAACUCCAGAGCAGAUGGGCUACACGAAUAUUCAAGGGACUGAACAAAUUACCUCCAGUGAGUGAUAUGAUGGCUACAAUCAAAAAGAUGAGAGACAAAAUAGGAAAACAAUUUCUGAAAAGCCCACGUGAUACACGGCGAGUGCCUUUUGUUGAUUAUAUGGAUGAAAUUGCCUCAGAAAUAAAAGUGAAACCCAAUCUCCUCUCCCUUUUUCUCUGGGAUCCCAAGCUGGCCUUUGAAGUUUUCUUUGGUCCCUGCACUCCAUACCAGUACCGACUACAGGGACCAGGGAAAUGGAAUGGGGCUAGGAAAGCCAUCCUGACUCAAAGAGAACGCAUCAUCAAACCCUUGAGAACUCGAGUGCUCAGCAAUAACAAACCUUCAUUCUAUCUAUCUUUUUGGUUUAUAGGAAUCUGUGUUAGUAUUCUCUUUUUUCUUGCUUUUAUAAUUAAGGUAUAA